UUUACUAUUUACGCGUUGGAACGGUGACUUACUGAUCUGAGAGAAUUAUACAAUGGUGAAGUGGUGAUCUUGAUUUGUAUUUCGAUUUGAGAAAAUACUUGUUCGUGUAGACUGUGUAAGGUUAAUUGAGUGAAAUUAAGUGAUUUGAAGUGUGAUAUUCGAGCAGCCGACCACUUUCUUAGAAUCGAUUUAUACUCUAACAAUGUUAAAUUGCCCAGCGCUACACCCAAGUUAUAUUAGGUAAAACUGAACCAUACACUGAUGAUACAGAAGUGUACAAUAAACGGUAGCUCUAUGCCGAAAUUGAAUUUGAAACUCAACAAUCUUGGAUUUUAUACCGAAAAUCCGCCAGUCCACAGAUCAGAUCCUGAAACACCGAAGAAUCUAAGUUAAACGAAGCAUUUGCACAAAAAUUUUUAAAUUCAGUUCAAAAAUCUAACAAGAUAAAAAUAGAAAAACCAAAACAAAAAAAAACAUUUGAAAUUCUCACGGCAAAAUAUAAUUUCGGCGAAAUUUUUUACUUCAACACUUUGUGAUACGUCGCGAUUGGUUCGUUGCACAUAAUUUAAGCAUAAAAAAAAGAGAUUCGGUUUUGUCCAACGCUUCAGCAUACAAAUUUGAUAACCAAAAAUGCACAUAGAAAUACAAGUGGCGCUUAAUUUUGUCAUAUCUUAUUUGUACAAUAAAUUGCCGAGAAGGAGAGUGAAUUUAUUUGGUGAGGAGUUGGAAAAGGCGCUGAAAGAUAGAUUUCAAGGACAUUGGUACCCUGAGAAACCGUUUAAGGGCUCAGCAUUUCGAUGUCUUAAAACUGGUGAUCCAAUCGAUGCAGUAUUAGAUCGAGCAGCUCGUGAAAGUGGUGUACCAAUUACUGAUAUAUUGGAAAAUCUUCCAGCUGAAUUAGCAGUCUGGGUAGAUCCUGGUGAGGUGUCAUAUCGCAUCGGCGAAAAGGGAGCCGUUAAGAUUCUCUAUUCUGAAUCGAAUGAUCAUCAUGAAGAUUGUUCGGCCGAUCGUGAAGUAACCAAAACAUUUAAUCCAGAAGCUCAAUGUUUUCGUCCAAUUGACGCUGUUAGUAACAGCCUUUCGGGCCUCAGUUUAAGUCCAAAGGCGUCGCCACAAGGCUCACCGCCAACAUCGGCUCCGAGCCCGUCAUUCAAAACAACCAUGACCACUAGUCCGGCUCCAACUGCAUCAUUUCUACCAAGAUCUCAAGCUACGCUCACAUUCACAACGGCAACGUUUGCGCAAACGAAAUUCGGCAGCACUAAAUUAAAAACCAGUUCGAAACGAGCUAACAGUCGCAUGUCACCAACUGAAUUCUCCAACUAUAUCAAGCAACGAGCUAUGCAACAACAACUUCAUCAUUCCCACGGACACGCAAAUGGCCAUUUAGGUCCAAUUGGCACCUCAUCACCGUCCCGUUCAUUGUCACCAAAUCCAUUGACACUAAAUAGCGUUCAAGAUCCGUAUUUCUUCCCAAACAACGGCAUGGGCAUGUAUCCGCCGCAAUUUAACGGACCGAGAAAUAUGUUCGAUUCUCCCCAUUUCCCGCAUCCAUCCGAUACAAAUAUGUACUCGAAUGGUGGACCCGGCGGCAAAUUCUCACCAUACCUAGAGCCACACAAUUACUACGGCAUGGGACCGCAACAGGGUAGUGCUGGACCAAUGUCCGGCAAUGGACCAUCGGUAAAUGGAAAUGCUCAAACGCCAGUCAGUUCGCCCGGUUCCAAUCCAGACAAUUCCAAAUUAUUGGACGGACUCAAUUCGUUCUACUCAAGUCCUGGACCAUAUCAACACCUUUUGGUUGCCAACUAAACAAAUUUCUUACAAAAAAUUUGAAUUUUUUCGUACACUCAGACACAUUUUGAUACAGGAUUUUUUCGAACUAUUAAAAGAGGAAAAAGAAAAUAUUAAUAAUUAUAGAGUUGAUUGCUUGGAUGCAUAUUAUAUUGACCGGAAUGUGAAUGUUUCAAAAUUUGACUAGUAAAUUACCCACCAAAAAAAGAAAAUUGCUAAAAGAUACUCGCAAGAGUUUAAUGAAAAACUAAAAUUAAAAAAAAAAAGAUGUAAAACAU